AUGGUAGAAUGUGGAGUGUGCACCUGCUGCAUCCAGCUGCUCAACCUGGAUGCAGAGCUACUUCUCCUUUUGGUUGUUUUUAGGCCUGAGUUUCAUCGACCUAUACUGAGCUCGACUCUCAUCCGUCCUCACAACGAGUUUACGAACUACAUCGCGAAGGGCUUACGGCUCCACGACAAUCCGUCGCUUAAGGACUCUCUGCUGGGAGCGGACACUGUCCGCUGUGUGUACAUCCUCGACCCCUGGUUUGCCGGAUCUUCUAACGUGGGGAUCAACAGGUGGAGGUUCCUGCUCCAAAGUCUGGAAGAUUUGGACUCAAGUCUUCGCAAAUUAAACUCUCGACUGUUUGUGAUCCGGGGCCAGCCCACUGAUGUCUUUCCCAGACUUUUUAAAGAGUGGAAGAUUUCUCGUCUGUCUUACGAAUAUGACUCCGAGCCAUUUGGGAAAGAGCGAGAUGCAGCUAUUAAAAAGCUGGCCACUGAGGCUGGAGUGGAGGUGACAGUGUGCGUCUCUCAUACGCUCUAUGACCUGGACAAGAUUAUAGAGCUGAAUGGAGGUCAGUCACCGCUCACCUACAAACAUUUCCAGACCCUCAUCAGCCACAUGGACCCAGUGGAGGUCCCUGUAGAAACCAUAACGGCAGAGGUCAUGGGCAAAUGCACUACACCACUUUCUGAAGACCAUGACGACAAGUUUGGGGUCCCGUCUCUAGAAGAGCUUGGUUUUGAUAUUGAGGGUUUAUCUUCAGCUGUGUGGCCAGGGGGUGAGUCUGAGGCUCUCACCCGGCUUGAGAGGCAUUUGGAGAGAAAGGCAUGGGUUGCCAACUUUGAAAGGCCCAGAAUGAAUGCCAACUCGCUCCUCGCCAGCCCAACAGGACUCAGUCCCUACCUACGUUUUGGAUGCCUCUCCUGUCAACUUUUCUACUUUAAACUCACUGAUCUUUACAGAAAGGUAAAGAAGAACAGUUCCCCUCCUCUUUCACUCUAUGGCCAAUUGCUUUGGCGAGAGUUUUUCUACACAGCAGCCACCAACAACCCCUGCUUUGACAAAAUGGAGAGCAACCCCAUUUGUGUUCAAAUUCCUUGGGAUCGUAACCCAGAAGCACUGGCCAAGUGGGCUGAGGGGCGAAGUGGGUUCCCCUGGAUUGAUGCUAUCAUGACCCAGCUGCGACAGGAGGGUUGGAUCCACCAUCUCGCCAGACAUGCAGUCGCUUGCUUCUUGACCAGAGGAGACCUGUGGAUCAGCUGGGAGGAGGGCAUGAAGGUGUUCGAGGAGCUGUUGCUGGACGCAGACUGGAGCGUGAACGCCGGCAGCUGGAUGUGGCUGUCGUGCAGCUCCUUCUUUCAGCAGUUCUUCCACUGCUACUGUCCUGUGGGCUUUGGUCGACGCACAGAUCCAAAUGGAGAUUACAUAAGACGCUAUCUACCCAUUCUCAGAGGAUUUCCUGCCAAAUAUAUUUAUGAUCCUUGGAAUGCACCAGAGAGUGUCCAAAAGGCAGCCAAAUGCAUCAUUGGAGUACAUUACCCCAAGCCCAUGGUUCAUCACGCAGAGGCCAGCCGUCUCAAUAUCGAGCGGAUGAAACAGAUAUAUCAACAGCUGUCCUGUUACCGAGGCCUUGGUUUGUUGGCAACUGUUCCAUCAAAUUCCAACAACAACGGUAAUGGAGCCCGAGAAAACGAGACCAGCAGCGGGAGAAAGAAUACAGACGCGUCCUUGGAUGUGUGUUACGCUGGCGAGGCCUCUCAUUCUUCUACAGCCGCAAGUGGGUACCGCAUGCCAACCCACUCCCAGGGCGAUUGGCAAAGUGGUGUCAAGAUGUACUCUCCAAACGACGCACAAAUGAGUGUCUCGACGCAGCAGCAAAGUUAUGCAGCGGCAGGAACCAGCAUGAUGUGUUACAAACAAAGCACUAUUAUUCAAAAGGGGGCCGAAGAACAGGGAAACUUUCAAAUAAAGGCUCUAGAAUUUAAUCCCAAUGAUUCUGACAAUUGA